AUGUCAAACUACUACCAGCAACCAUCAUACGGCCCCGGCCCCGGCGCAGGCGCCCAGAACCUGCAGUUCUACCCCUCCUCCUACUCCCCCGCUGCCGUCUCUGGCCAUGCGACCCCACAACAAGCCUCGUACGGCUACGGAGGCCAGCCCUCCGGUGGGCAGUUCGGUGCCGGCGGUGCUGGAGGCUUUGGUGGUGCGGGCGCCUUCGGUGCCGCGGCGGGUGUGUCGGGACGCAUGGGCGAGCAAGGAGGACUGAGGACCGGCUGGCUCGCUGCUUUCUCGACGGAAGGUUACGACAGAGAGCCGCCCUUGCUUGAGGAGCUCGGCGUCAACUUUGGACAUAUCCAAGGAAAGACCCUCGCAGUCCUUAAUCCCUUCCGUCGCAUCGAUCAACACAUCAUGGACGAUUCAGAUCUGGCAGGUCCCAUCCUCUUCUUCCUGCUAUUCGGUACCUUCCUGCUCUUCUCCGGCAAAGUCCACUUCGGCUACAUUUACGGUCUAGCCCUCCUCGGCAGCACCUCCCUGCACGUCAUCCUCUCCCUGAUGACCCCUACCGACGUCCACCCGUCCGCCACCGCAGCUCCCCAAGCACCGCAAUACGGCGGCGGCCCAGGCUACCCCGGCGCCGAUUCCCACGACCACCCCGCCCGGACAGGCCACUUCUCGAGCACUCUCACCUUCGCCCGCUCCAGCUCCGUGCUGGGAUACUGCCUGCUCCCGCUCGUCGCCACCAGCCUCGUCGGCAUCGUGAUGCCAAUGGACACACCCCUGGGUAUCGUCCUCACGACAAUGGCCAUUCUCUGGUGCACGUACUCCGCUUCGGGCAUGUUCUGCGCCGUGGGAAGGAUGCGUGGCAUGCGCGGACUUGUAGCGUACCCGCUGGCUCUGUUCUACGUCGGUUUCGGCAUCAUGGGCAUCUUCAGCUCUAGGGGUAGCGGAUCCUUGGUCAAGGCCGCCGCUGGACUGAAGGCAUGA